AAAUUCCAGGCCAGCGGGCAGCACCAACAAAAACACUGCAGGCUCCCGGGAAGGGUCAUGGCCACCUGGGGUGGUCACCAGACAAGGGGUCUACAGCUCCAGAGACAGUCGGGGAUGUCACUAUUGGAGUCCAGGCAGCUGCCAGUAGAGUUGACCACAGCUCUUGGAGGUCUGACCUGAGGUUAAAACUAGACCGAAGAUUGUCUGAUUCCAGCAGAAGGGAUUGGUGGCCGACAGUGGCACAGUCCAAGGCCUCAGACCGGAGUCUUAGAAGGCGGCGGAGAAGCAAUCCAGCACAGAGCCGCCUGUGGUCGCCAACAGCCCCAGCUUCUGAUGGGGCACUAAGGCUCCGAGACCACCCACAGUGUUCGGUGUGUCAAGUGCCACACAAGUGCUCAGAAGUCAUGGAGACAGCGGUGAUUGGGAUGGUGGUAGUGCUGUUUGUCAUCACCAUGGCCAUUACCUGCAUCCUCUGCUACUUCAGCUAUGACUCACACAACCAAGACGCAGAGAGCGGCCCCAGACGUAGCUUCACUGUGGCCACGUUUCACCAGGAGGCGUCGCUCUUCACGGGGCCGGCUCUCCAAUCCCGGCCACUGCCGAGGGCCCAGAACUUCUGGACUGUUGUGUGAGGUUGGCAGUCCCUCAGCAUUUGUGCGGCUAGUGGGUCAGGCUCAUCUACUCCUUCAAUAGGCAGGCCUCCAUCCUUCUAUGUUCACAAACUUCUUGCCUUUCCCCAUUCUGGCUUGCUCUGCCCUCUCUAUUCUCGCGGAGCUGAGAUGCUGGGACUAGGUGUGAGUUACAUCUAAGCUGAGAGGUUAUAAGGUCAGCUGGGGCUGAGGAGAUGUGGAUGGAUACUGUGUGUUAUUCUACGGGGUAGCUCCAACCAGCCAUGAAACCUCACCGGAAGUUAACCCCCUGUCAGCAGGGCGCUGUGACGGAAGUCUAUUUGCCACCCAAGGACCCAGAGCCCUCCAGUGGACGUUUUGAAGAACUACACAUUUGUUAGUAUUUUUGGGAUGUUGCACAGUGCCCAAACCUGGGGCUUGCUCCUGUUGCCUGAAAUCCGGAAAACAAAGAGCUGUUUUCUGGGAACAAGUGACUUAUUUUAUAAUCGAGGACGUAUAUCCUUUUAUGGUUCUUUCCAAAUCUGCUCUGGAAAACCACAAAAGGAAGCAGAAUAGAAAAACGAGAGCCGCAGAGAGCACAAGGUGUUUCAUUAGCAGGAAGGCCACCAAGAAGACUUUUAAACACAUUUUGAACAAGACUUGCUUUAUUGCCACAGUCCGACAGGCUGCCUCUAUUCUUAGCAAAUGUGAGUGAUUUGCGUCACUUAGGAAUGAUAGAAAAAUCGUGAACUGAAAGAUAAUUCCAAAAAAAGUUAAAAUGUUGUUACAUUUCAGCGCACGAGAAGAAGCUGUUGAUUUUAACACAAAUAAGGGGACAUUUGUUUUUAUUAAUA